AUCCCUACUGACAAUAAUAAUAAAAAUUAAAAAAUGGCGUCAGUUUCAUAGUAGGUAGGAAUUGACAUAAAUAUUGCACAAAUAUUUGAUUUUCAUUACUUUUCUCUCAAAAAGUACAUGUUUCCGCAUAUUGAAACUUUGUGUGUGUGCUUAUAAAAAUGUAAUCUUUCUGUAAAAAUACGUAUCAACACAAAACUUGACGGACGUCAAUGGAAAGUAGUACCCAUUCCCGUUUAAAAUAAUAUCUAAUUGAUGUAAAAUGAACUUUGAAACUUGUUCUUUUCUUAAUUUUAUGAAUAUGUAAUAAAUAAUAAUCUAGGUUAUGUUUUUAUUUCACAACAGCCAUAGAUACAUUUAUAUUUUCGGCUACAGAGCUUGUAGCACAGACUAAUCAUUUCAAUCGGACCUAAAAAUAAUCGGUACGUAUAAUUUAUACUUUCAUGGAUUAAACAACUUUUAUUUGUUAUGUAUAUUACAAAAUAUAUAGUUUAUAAUUUAUAACAUAAGUAAAUAUAAUUUUAAUGGGCAGGCGACAAAGAUGCAAAAAAUUGUAAUUGAAAUACAAUGCGUAACAUGGUUCAAUAGUGAUUUCUCUGUCUUGCGUAUAGCGCUGUCUCUGUUUCUCUUAUUUUGCCCGAGGUUUGCAAUCGGCUCCAUAGAGUCUUGACCCCCCCCCCCCCCCCGUGGUUACUCUACACUCCAUAAUGUGGGAAAAUUGCAAAGGCAGAAAAGUGGCAACAUUGAACCUAAAUCGCAUUAUUCGUUAUUUUAUUUCAUUUUUUUGUAUGAAAACAUAAACUAAAAACUUGAAUCGCAUUCUUUUACUACACAUUUACCCAUUUUUUGUCGCGGAUUGUUUGGCUCAUCUACGCACAUUAAACACUGUACUGAUGUUAGUUAGCUGGGCCUGGGCAUAUGGCUGUUGGCUAUGGCCAUAUAUGUGUGUGUAGUGGCAACGCUUUGGCGCGGUAAUUACUAAUCUAGUGUCUAGUGUAAUAUAUAAAUCAAUGGGGGACAGUGACGCAGGCGCAGGCCCGAUUUCGAGCUGCGUGAAGUAAGUACAGCCCGAAAAGUAUAAGUAUAAUUGGUACAACAUUUUUUGAAUCUAUCGUUGUUUAUUGAAUGGUUUGUUUAGACUAUGUAAUUUUUACAUUUUGGAUAUUUACUUCUAUGUAUCUUUCAGACGUAAGCGUACAUCACGUGUUACAAGUGGGCAGCUUGAGGCACUACUGUCCAAGCUAGAAGCUCGUCCAUUUUUAAUUACCAAAAAAUUUACUGGCCAGCUGGGCAUAGAAAACUUUGAAACGGGCUGGAGGGAAGUUGCCGACGAACUUAACCAGCUUCCCAACUGAUCCGUCAAGACGCCAGAGCAGUGGAUAACAGUAUGGAGAGACAUUAAACACCGGGCCUGCGCUAAAGCGGCAAAAUUAAGAGAAAGGACGAAGACCAGCAACCGAGGCAUCACCACUGCUCCGCUGACUCAGGCAGAAAAAAAAAUUAUAUCUUUAAUAAAUGUUGAGUACAAAUUGGGUAGCGACUGCCCUGACUCUAUGCCAGAGGAAGAAACAAUACAACAUGAGAUGGAAGCUGGGGAGGAGAUAGUAGAAAUUAUCUUUAUGCCUCAAUGUAAUGAAUACGAUUUGCUUGAGACAGAGAGAGAUCAAGCAUCACCAGCACCACAAAUUACAAGUGGCAGCAGAGCAACAGCUGUUGCUUCACCACCACCCACUGAAGAACAGGUGCAAGAAGUAACUAUGGAGUCACCAGCACCACAAAUAACAGUGAGUGGCAGCAGAGCAGCAACUGUUGUUACAUCACCACCCACUUUACGACAAGAGAGGCGCAGGAGGAUAAGGAAUCUGCAUCCUCGCAAAACUGUUGCUGAGCGAGCAAAUAUAACUCGUCGAGAUAUUUUGGCAGUCGCAAAAUCGAAUGCAGAAUCAAUGAGGAUGCUGGCAGCUGCAACUCAAGUGCAAGCAGAGGCUGCCAAAAUGCAGGCAGAGGCAGCCAAAGUGCAGGCCGAGGCGUCUCUUUUGUUAGCACAGGCUGCCAAUAAAAUAGGAGAUGCAUUAAUUUUAUUUGUAAAUAAAAAUAAUAAAUAAAUUAA